AUGUGCAAAGCUGUCAUCAAGGCGGUGCUCGUGGCUCAGGCCGGUGCUCGUGGCUCAGGCGGUGCUCGUGGCUCAGGCCGGUGCUCGUGGCUCAGGCCGGUGCUCGUGGCUCAGGCCGGUGCUCGUGGCUCAUGCGGUGCUCGUGGCUCAGGCGGUGCUCGUGGCUCAGGCGGUGCUUGUGGCUCAGGCCGGUGCUCGUGGCUCAGGCCGGUGCUCGUGGCUCAGGCACUGGUGGGAGGUGAGUUUGACCUAGAGAUGAACUUCAUCAUUCAGGACAGUGAGAGUAUCGGCUGUAUGGUCGACCUACUGUCUCACUGCGAAGUCACCUGCCAAGCUGAGGUGUGGUCCAUGUUCACAGCCAUCCUGAGGAAGAGUGUGAGGAACCUUCAGACCAGCACAGAGGUGGGCCUCAUACAACAGGUCCUGUCCAAGAUGAGCUCUGUGGACGACAUGAUCGCAGAUCUGCUAGUGGAUAUGCUGGGGGUGAUGGCCAGCUACAGCAUCACAGUGAAGGAGCUGAAGCUUCUAUUCAGUAUGCUGAGGGGAGACAACAGUAUCUGGCCUAGACAUUCUAUCAAGUUGUUGUCUGUGUUGAACCAGAUGCCUCAGAGACACGGUCCAGACACCUUCUUCAACUUCCCUGGUCGCAGUGCAGCGGCCAUAGCGUUGCCUCCCAUCGCAAAGUGGCCUUACCAGAACGGCUUCACUCUCAACACCUGGUUCAGACAAGAUCCCCUCAACAACAUCAACGUAGACAAGGACAAACCAUACCUCUACUGUUUUCGGACCAGUAAAGGUGUUGGUUACUCAGCUCACUUUGUGGGGAACUGUCUGAUCGUGACAUCACUCAAGUCCAAGGGGAAAGGCUUCCAACACUGUGUGAAGUACGACUUUCAACCCCGCAAGUGGUACAUGAUCAGCAUCGUCCACAUCUAUAAUCGCUGGAGGAACAGUGAGAUCCGUUGCUAUGUCAACGGUCAGCUGGUCUCCUAUGGCGACAUGGCCUGGCACGUCAACACCAAUGACAGUUAUGAUAAGUGUUUUCUAGGUUCGUCAGAGACAGCAGAUGCUAACAGGGUGUUCUGUGGUCAGCUGGGGGCCAUCUACGUGUUCAGUGAGGCUCUCAACCCCGCUCAGAUCUUCGCCAUACAUCAACUGGGUCCGGGCUACAAGAGCACCUUUAAGUUUAAGUCGGAGAGUGAUAUUCACCUGGCCGAGCACCAUAAGCAGGUCCUGUAUGACGGGAAGCAGGCCAGCUCCAUCUCUUUCACCUACAACGCCAAGGCCACCGACGCACAGCUCUGUCUGGAGUCAUCGCCCAGAGAGAACGCAUCCAUCUUCGUUCACUCACCACACGCACUCAUGCUGCAGGAUGUGAAGGCCAUAGUGACCCACUCCAUCCACAGUGCCAUCCAUUCUAUAGGAGGGAUUCAGGUCCUCUUCCCUCUCUUCUCACAACUGGACUACAGACAACUCAACGACAGCUCUGUGGACACCAGCGUGUGUGCCACCCUGCUAGCGUUCCUAGUUGAGCUGUUGAAAAGCUCCGUAGCCAUGCAGGAACAGAUGCUGGGGGGGAAAGGAUUCCUGGUGAUCGGGUACCUCCUGGAGAAGUCGUCCAGGGUCCACAUCACCAGAGCGGUGCUGGAACAGUUCUUGUCCUUUGCUAAGUACCUGGACGGGUUAACCCACGGAGCGCCACUCCUCAAACAGCUGUGUGACCACGUCCUCUUCAACGCUGCCAUCUGGAUACACACACCCGCCAAAGUCCAGCUGUCCCUGUACACCUACCUGUCUGCAGAGUUCAUUGGCACGGCGACCAUCUACAGCACCAUCCGUCGCGUCGGUACCGUGCUGCAGCUGAUGCACACGCUGAAGUACUACUACUGGGCCAGCAACCCACUGGAGAGCAGUGGCAUCACACCUAAAGGACUGGAUGGACCGAGGCCGUCCCAGAAGGAGAUCAUCUCUCUCAGAGCUUUCAUGCUGCUGUUCCUCAAACAACUCAUACUCAAGGAUCGGGGAGUGAAGGAAGAUGAGCUACAAAGCAUCCUGAACUACCUGCUCACCAUGCAUGAGGAUGAUAAUAUCCAUGAUGUUCUUCAGUUGUUGGUGGCUCUGAUGUCAGAACACCCAGCCUCCAUGAUCCCAGCCUUCGACCAGAGAAACGGCAUACGGGUGAUCUGUAAACUCCUAGCCUCUAACAGUGAGAACAUCAGAGUCCAGGCUCUCAAAGUCCUGGGAUACUUCCUCAAACACCUCGGACACAAGAGGAAGGUGGAGAUCAUGCACACACACAGCCUGUUCACCCUGCUGGGAGAGAGGCUGAUGAUCCACACCAACACAGUCAGCGUCACCACCUACAACACACUCUAUGAGAUUCUGACGGAACAGGUGUGUACCCAGGUAGUCCACAAGCCUCACCCAGAACCUGACUCCACCGUCAAGAUACAGAACCCCAUGAUACUGAAGGUGGUAGCGACCUUGUUGAAGAGCUCUAGUCCCAGUACUGAACUGAUGGAGGUCAAGACACUCUUCCUGUCUGACAUGAUCAAACUGUUCAGCAGCAGCCGAGAGAACAGACGGUGUCUGUUACAGUGUUCAGUGUGGCAGGAUUGGAUGUUCAGUCUGGGUUACAUCAACCCCAAGAGCCCAGAGGAACAGAAGAUGAUGGAGAUGGUCUAUAACAUCUUCAGGAUCCUGCUCUACCACGCCAUCAAGUAUGAGUGGGGGGGAUGGAGGGUCUGGGUGGAUACGUUGUCCAUCGCUCACUCCAAGGUAACCUACGAGGCCCAUAAGGAGUACCUGGCUAAGAUGUACGAGGAGUACCAGCGACAGGAGGAGGAGAACAUCAAGAAGGGGAAGAAAGGUUCUGUCUCCACCAUCUCCGGCCUCUCGGCCACGCCCGCCCCCGUCGUCAAUGGCAACCUGGAGAUCCGCGAGCUGGACGACCACUCCCAGAGCCAGACCCCCGAGAGUGAGGCCGAGUACGGAGAGGGAGGAGCAGGAGGGGUCUCCAGGAAUCUGCUUGCUGAGGGAGGGGUCGGGUUAGGCGUGAAGGGACCCAACAGAGAGGCAUUGACCCCUGGGGAGGAAGGUCAGGGGUCAGGCGUUAGGGUCGAAGUUCAUGACCUCCUGGUGGAUAUCAAGGCGGAAAAGGUGGAGGCCACAGAGGUCAAACUAGACGACCUGGAUCUGUCUCCAGAAGGGAUAGUCGGAGGAGGAGGAGGAGGAGGAGGAGGAGUGAUGGAGGGACUGGUUGGAGGAGGAGGAUUGGGAGGAGGAGGGAGGAUAGAGAACGGGCCCCUAGUGGAGGUGGACUCCCUGCUAGACAGCGCCUACAGUGCCGUGGUGCAGAAGCUGAAAGGGAACCACGGUAACCUGACAUCGAAAGAUGAGACGGUGGUCACGGGGCUGGGCGCCAUGGAGGAUGAUGGGAACAUGGGUCCGCUCAUCACCCUUGCCGACGAGAAAGACAGUGUCCCUAGCAACAACGGAUUCCUCUUCAGCAAGGUUGAUGAGAAGCUGCUUCCAGCACUGGCCACCACAGACCCUCUGGUUCUGCCCAGCCCGGACCAGCCCAACCCCUUAGGCUCUGGCCCCGUCCACUCCUCCACCAGCGCCAGCGACGACCUGAGUCUCCUAGCCCACAUGACCUCCUGCAGGGGCUCAGACCUGAAUCAAGCCCAGGGAGGGCUCCCCGAGGUCGGGCCCUUCAAGAUCCAGAGUCCCCUGGCUGACAUCAGCUCCAUCGCCCAGAGAGAGAGCCAGGCAGCUGAGAUCCAGGGCUACCCAGGGGGAGAGGGUCCGUCUGGGGCAGAUGGAGAGGUGGCAGGGGGUAAGGCUGGAGGUGACACGGUGAGCACCACGUCUGAUACAGAAAGGUCUGAUGAUGGGAAGGAGAUGAAGAUCCAGACCACGGCCACGACUCAGGCUCUCCACGGUCGUACGGCGGCCCAGUUGGAACGUGACCUGCGUGUGGACCUGGGCUUCAGAGGGAUGCCCAUGACAGAGGAGCAGCGGCGCCAGUUCAGCCCUGGGCCUCGCACCACCAUGUUCCGUAUCCCAGAGUUCAAGUGGUCGCCCAUGCACCAGCGCCUCCUCACUGACCUGCUGUUCGCCCUGGAGACAGACGUACACGUCUGGAGGAGCCAUUCAACCAAGUCAGUAAUGGACUUUGUGAACAGCAAUGAGAACAUCAUCUUUGUCCACAACACUAUACACCUCAUCUCUCAGAUGGUGGACAACAUCAUUAUCGCCUGUGGAGGGAUCCUCCCUCUGCUCUCUGCAGCCACCUCCCCCUCUAAGGCGGGAGGAGAAGGAGGAGCCGACUCCCACAAAGGGUCAAAGGGCGAGGAGGUGACCCCUGUUCCGGGGGGCGGAGGGACAGGGGGAGAGGUUGAGUUAGAGAACAUGGAGUUGACCCAGGGCAUGUCUUCAGAGACGGCGGUGUCCUUUCUGUCUCGGCUCAUGGCCAUGGUGGACGUUCUGGUGUUCGCCAGCUCCCUCAACUUCUCUGAGAUAGAGGCUGAGAAGAACAUGUCCUCUGGAGGUCUGAUGAGACAGUGUCUACGACUGGUAUGUUGUGUAGCCGUGAGGAACUGUCUAGAGUGUAGACAGAGACAGAGAGAUAGAGAUAUUGGUUGUCUCUCCAAGUCUAACCUGCCCAGCAGCAAGUCACAGGACAGCCUACAGAGCUCCGCUGCAGCUAGCAAGGAUCCAGACAGACUUCUACAGGACGUUGACAUCAACCGCCUCAGAGCUGUUGUCUUCAGAGACGUGGAUGACAGUAAGCAGGCUCAGUUCCUGGCCCUGGCGGUGGUCUACUUCAUAUCUGUCCUGAUGGUGUCAAAGUACCGGGAUAUACUGGAACCACAGAGAGAGAUUGGCAGGUCAAGCAGCCUAUCAGGGAGGAGCAUCCGCCACGAGAUCAACUCCCCCACUAGUACAGAGCACCCGUCGUCCUCCUUUUCUGAGGGUGGCCGGGGGGAGAAGCAGACCCCCACCUCCAUGGAGGACUCUCCGUUGGCCUCUUUACCCCACACCGACUCAGGCAUUGGGGAGGAGGGCCACGGCCCUGGGGGUCUGAACGGAGCCGAGCUGGGCCUGGGGCUGGGGAUGGCAGGCAGGGAGACAGACAGAGAUAGACACAGAGAGAGGGAUGGAGGAGGAGGGGAUCUACUGUGUACCCUGUCAUCAGAGGUUAGGAGGUCAAGGGAGAGCCUAUUUGAUUCUCCUCAUAACCCUAACUCCGCCUCCAAUCUUGGUCAAGCACCUCCCUCGUCGAUCUCAAGCAUCAGCCAGACUAACAAGGGCAUCAACGUCAAGGAGAUUCUGAAGAGCCUUGUGGCCGCGCCCCUGGACGGUGGGGAGGCGGGACAGGAAGUUGGUCCCACCCCCUACCACCCUGAUCCCGCCCUCAAGACACACCCCAUGCUGCCCAUGCAGUUCCACUCAUUCGACAGGUCUGUGAUGGUGCCAGUCAAGGUUGAUUGA